UGGCUAUCUCCUGCCUGCGAUUACACACCAAAUCUGGGUCCAAGUUGCCAACAUUCCUCAGUCGACCCUGCUGCUCUGUUAAACUGAACUGCAUUCCUGCAGGACCACACAGGACAACGAAGGCGACAUCAGCCUCCACAUAUACUUCUCAUUCUGGUCUUACUUUAUUAUUUUUAACAGAAGCUGAAAGUGUGACUGAGGCUAAAAACAACAAGUUUGUAUUAUUUCCAGCCGGCUGAGCAGAGAGGAGGCCUCUCACAUCAAAUGGUUGCAACCAGGUCAACUAAAACGGAGCUUUAUUUCACUGGAUCUUUCGUAUGGGAAGCACUAAAUCUUUUAUUUUUUAUAUUUUCCUAAAAUACAAAACGGAUUCCCUAAGCCACUAGGAAGAGUCUUUGUUUUUGCUUCAAAAUGGACCUUUUACCAGACAGUCCACGUUUACGGUCAGACAGCGCAAGCAGCUCUGCAUCCCAGAGCUCCAGGUCGAAGACUGUCCUUCGCCAGCGCCUGUCCGAGCUGAUGACCUGCAUAGAGGACAUGAGUUCUGAUGACGAAGCCGGCGAGGAGGUGUCCCGUAAGCUGGAUGAAGCCUUUCAGCUUUGUGGACAAUUACUGCCCACAGAUGCUUUCAGGCUGCACAUGGUGACCUGGAAUGUGGCUACAGCAGAACCUCCUGAGGAUGUUACUGCAUUGCUGCAGCUAAAUGAUCAGUCUCCCAUCGAUCUCUAUGUGAUUGGCUUGCAGGAGGUUAUGGCGACACCUAUGAGAUUCAUCUCAGACCUGCUGGUGGAAGAUUCCUGGAGCCAUCUUUUCAUGGACACACUGGGACCCAAAGGCUUUGUUAAGGUCACUUCUGUGAGGAUGCAGGGCUUGCUUCUGUUGGUUUUUGCCAAAAUGGUGCAUCUCCCUUUCAUCAGAAACAUCCAGACCACCUACACCCGUACUGGCAUCUUUGGCUACUGG